GACGAUCGAUGCCAGAGUUUUAAUUUCGUCAUCUCUCUUCAUAUGUGCGAGUUUAAUGAUCGCACCAAGGAAGCGAAACCCAACGACUUUAUUCAAAACCCCGACAGGUUUUACAUUCGAAGAGACGCUAACCGAGGUGAGCUGAUAUAAACAAACUCAGUGCAGUAACUCUGAAAAGAUCUUAAUGCUUCAUGUUAGCCUUUAAAUAAUAAUUAUAAAGUCAAAUAUUGAUUUUAUUAAUUUUCGAACUGAAAUAUCUGUACUUUGCGAAUGAGACUGUAAUUCCCCAUCUCGCCGUAAAUGAAGCAAUUGUAAACGCUAGCUGGAGAAAUAACAUUGAUCAGUCACAUUAAGCAUAAAACCAUUUAUUUUCUUUCAGAAAUAAAUUUUAUUAACAGCAGUGGGUUUUGGUGUUUCUUAGUCCCUUUAGGUUCAAUUGAGGAUCUUCCAGUUGAAACAUGUAAAGAAAUAAAGGCGAGUGAAGGGCAGUCAAUAGUCAGUGACAAAUACUGGUUAUAUAACGACUUGAAAUCUGGAACCACUCGUCUAGCUUAUUGUGACAUGGAAAAAGAAGGCAAGUUCAGUUAAUCAUUAAUUGAAAAUGACUUCACCAGUUCAUUAAGCAGAUGUUCAAGUCUUCAGUUGGUAAAAAUGCAUAAUGAAAUGUAAUGCAUAAAUUAUUUUUAGCAAUCGGUUACUGGUACCCUGAUAAUCUUUUAUCAUUCGAAGCAAAUUUUUCUUAUUGGCCGACAGCCCACCACGUGGUCUGCAAAUAACUGCCUACAAGAAAUGGUCUGCUCUUGCGCAAUGUCGUCCAACUGUGUUUGGCCAAGUGUUUGGCUGCAACUAAUAUUCUGCACAUGCGUAAAUGAAACCACGCUUUUCUCCUUCUUGAAAUUGCUGUUGUGUGAAAAACAAACUCGGUGACCGAAUGAUAAAACAAUUAUUGGACUCGCCUAUCGCAAAAUAAUGUGAUUUGUCUCGCAGAUGAAUUAUGAUCUGCUCGCCACUGACAAAUCACGAUAUUUUGUUCAACCUCGUCCAAUAAUUGUUAAUAAUCCCACGCGUAAUUUUCAAAUAGAAUGAAACUACCAUGAGGUGAAAUUGCAAUAUUUUCCAAAGGGCCUCGCAUUCCACAGAUCGAUAACGGUCAAUCAUCAAGUUUGUUCAGUUUUCGCCGUAUUUCUAAUCAUAAAAACCAAAAGUGAAAAGCUCAUUCUCACUUGUGAAAAAUUCAUCCCAAAAUCGAAAAAGUUCUCAAAGGUUAAAUUCCUCCAACUUACCAAAAAAAUGAGGCAGCUAUAUUGCAGGAACACGUGAUAACCUCCAAAUACGAACGAACUAUUUUUCAAACAAAACUUCUAACGCCGAGAAAUAAGGUUGCAAGUAAAAUUGGUAAGGGCAUCAAUACGUUGCUAUGGCAACUCAUUGGAAGCUUUUAUAGUUAUAAAUGUGCUACACCACUCUUUGUUUUUUUCCGUUAACCAGUUAAUGUUGGACUAAUGGAUGAACUAUCUUAAUCGAUCAAGAUGAAGCGAAUCGAAAAGAUAAUUAUUUGCGGUCUUUGUUUUUCUUAGAGGUCGACGAGUGCCGCACUUUGUCAAUCAUUUGCGAUGACUCUGCCGACUGCACUAAAACUCAAGACAGUUACCAAUGUACUUGCAAAUCAGGGUUUUCCGGUGACGGAAUAACCUGCAGCGGUGAGUAGAAAAUAAAUCAGAAGAAAAGUACNGGGGUACUCCCAUAUGUGGGCUAGAUAGGUAUGUGCCGCCCAAUAGCAAGGUUUUUGAGGGUCUCCAUCCUCAAAAGAUCGUAGGCUAUCGUUUUUGCUGUUGUUGGCGUUGUGUUCCGGUUGUGAUCCUAACAGAUAGUGUACCAAUUAUAUGUAUGAAGAUCAUCCCAGUUAUAUGCGCAACUUUUGCACUGGCGAAAAGAAAGCCUGAGAAAAAAUCCAGGCUUGUACGGGAUACGAACCCUUGACCACUGCGAUACCGGUGUAGCCCUCUACCAAUUAAGCUAACAAGCCAACUGGAAGCAGGUCGUUGAAUUGGUUCGUUAUAAACCCGUGAAAGGAUGAUGAUGAAAUUAUAAAUAUAUGAAAAUCAUAUAUUUCAACUGCGGAGUGAAGAAUUAUAUGAAUGAAGAUCAUCGGAGCACUGGUAUCGCAGAGGUCAAAGGUUCGAAUCCCUUACAAGCCUGAAUUCUUUUCAGCUUUCUUUUCGCAACUGCAAAAGUUGCGUAUAUAACUGCGAUGAUCUUCAUUCAUAUAAUUCUUCACUCCGCAGUUCACAUGUAUGAUUUUCAUAUAUUGAUAACUUCAGAUAGUGUACCGUUAUUCUGUCAGCAAAAAUUCAAAUGCGUUAACGCCCAGAUAGAUGAGGAAGAAAUCCAUCUGUUAAAUCUGAAAUAUCCCGUUAAGAAGUAAGAAAGUGAUUUAAUGAAGGUUUGUGUUGUAGUCAAAGUAUUACUGUUUUUUUGUUGUUGUUGUUGUUUUCGUGAAUAGGGUGUCAUUUUUCGGGUUUGAGCCUUAAAUCGGCUAUAAGUUUUCGUUUGUCUCAUCCUCAAAUAGGGGCAAGGUGUCAAGACCAUGGGCGUCAUACACCCUCGCUAGAUUACGGCCAAUUUUUUUUACUCAUUGGUGACCGUACGUAUCAAAGGGUUUCCGCUGUAUACAAAUGAUCAAUGUUGUUGUUUCCGUUUAAAGAUAUUGACGAAUGCCAUUUUUCUUCACCCGUCUGCGAUUUCAAUGCUGACUGCACCAAUACGCGCGGAUCUUAUCUCUGCGCUUGCAAAUCUGGUUUCUCCGGCGAUGGGAAACUUGCGAAAGUUAGCAGAAAAAUACUUCUUCAUGCUAAGGAAGUUCUAGAGUUGUUAGGAUAUAUCUCCAUGCCUUAUUUUUUUUUUACGUGCAAUAGCACAAUGGAUAUUUCAAAAACGAUAUAACAGCUUUACAAGGAUAGUAAAUCAGUCCCAAAUCGUCCCAAAUCGUCUGUAAGUCUCCUAUUAAAAUCAGCGAGAGAAGCGAUAAAAAGAAGGGAAAUAUUUUUGGGGGUCAAUAUUAAUUUAUCAGUGGGAUUAAACCUGAUCCAUCACUUGUUAAUUAUUGUUGUAGAUUUUCAAGGAGUUAGAGCAAAUUUGUACGAGCUGAAACGAUUCUAUUAUGUUUUUUCCAUAAAUUUUCAAUUCAAAGACAUCAACGAGUGCACCCAAGGAGCACACGACUGCCUUCCAAACCUGGCAUACUGUCUGAAUAGUGUUGGCUCAUACAGCUGUUCCUGCAACAAUGAGUACCUUGGAGAUGGAAAAACAACCUGCGGGCUAUACACUGAAGGCAAGUCUAAUCAUCUUGUUAUCUAAUUUUUUAAUAGACGAAAUCGAACUCGCUGUUAAAAUGGUAUCAAAUGCCCCUCUCCAAUCCUGUCUAAGAUAAGCCCCCCUAUGAGAAUUACUCCAAAAUUCUAGCAGAAAGGAGCAAAGAGUUACGUAGCCGUCAACUUCAGGGGACACCUAUCUAUGAAUAAUUUCAAAAGGCAAAUUUUGCUUGCCCUGUAUCUUUUAAAACGUUUAUAUCUCGGCUGUUUUUGAGGCUAUUCAGAUCAGUAAAUAGCCUGCGAACGGCAGACGUUUCUCUUCGCUCAUCGCUGCUGAGGAACGUUUCGCGAAGAGGAACGUCCUCGCUAAACAUCCCUCAGCGGCGAUGAGGGAGGAGAAACGUCUGCCGUUCGCAGGCUAAUCAGUAAAAUUUUGCACAGACAUUGUAAAAUGAUGGAAGUUUAGGCGGGUUGUGUUUUAUUUGGUAGAUCACGCUUUAUACAAAGAUGCUUUAAGCCACAGUUGUACCAAAUUGGCAAAUCGUGAUUUUGUGUCCAACUUUGCGGAAAGAACAGAAGAUAGCACGGCUGUGAUUUUAUUAAUAAAUUAUCGGUCAAAACAAGCGUCUUUUUAUACGCAGAGAAAACGCUGAAGGAGCAUUUUUCCUCUUAGAAUGUCAACUCUAUUCAAGGCUGCUCAAUGCCAGCAGGAAUGUGAAUUAUGUCUUUGACAAAACAUUCAACUGUGACAGCCAAAUUGCUCCAGGGUGGAAGCGUUUUGAAGAUGCCGCCGGGACAAGAAUGCCUACUUCGUGUCCCGCUACACACAGGUGCGGCACUCACUCUCCUGGUUGGAUAAAUGGUACAAAUCCGCAGGUGGAAGACGGCGAAGUCCUAAGGAAGGUCUGUUUUCAUUGGAGCAGGAACUGCUGUAAUUGGUCCACUACUAUCUCUGUUAGGAAUUGCGGUUCCUAUUUUGUGUACAAACUCAGCGGCACACCAGCUUGCCAGCUUCGGUAUUGUGGUACUGA